GAAUGAUUCGAAUCUUAUUUUUUGCUUUAUUCUUAACUUCUGCAAAUGCUAUUUUUAAUCUGAUAGGAAGUGAUCAGUAUGUGACCGUGACAGGGAGAUUGAUUUGUGAUGGACAGCCGGCAUCAGAUGUUCUUGUGAAAUUGUAUGAAGAUGGAACGAUUUACGACACAAAGCUCGACUCAACAAGAACCAGUUACGAUGGAACAUUCAGAGUCUCUGGACAUUAUACAAAAGUUUUUGAUAUGGAUCCGAAAGUGAAUAUUUAUCAUAGCUGCAAUCAUUACGGUAUGUGUGACAAAAAGUUGAGAAUUGAUAUUCCACACUACGCAAUCAACUCUGGUCAAAACUUCGGAGUAGACAACUACGACAUUGGAACUUUAAACCUGGCGGAUCAAUUCAGUGGAGAAACUACUGAUUGUAUUCAUUAGCAAUUUAUCGCACUGAUCUCUGAAGUUUAAUAAAUAUGCACUUCAUUUGCUAAAGUUUAAAUGAUGAACUAGACAUAGACAUUUAAGGGAAUUGCGUCAACAUGAAUAUUAUAUUUUAG